UCUUCAUGCAAGCGACACACGAUGCACCUGGCUGGGGUGGGUAUGAGUGUGACGUAGCGGUGCCGGUGCAUGGAAGGGAGAAGUUCUUGGGGUUACCUGGUGCCUUGAGGCGUGAAGCCAGGUUGACAGGUUGACAGGAGGUUGACAGGGUUGACACUGGCAUUGGGAGGGAAAUGAUUCUUCACUCACCAUUCGAACUUCGUCCAGGGGUGGAGGAAAGGGGGAGGUGCGAAAGAAAGGGGUGAAGAAGAAAAGAAGAUUUGAGUCAUUAUCAUAACCAGGGAGAACACAAAUGGUCAUAGUUUCUGUUCAGGGGCAGUAUCACUGAGCGCAAAAAGCUCCUCUUUGGCAGCUGUCAUCACAGUCAUAAGGAAGCAAUCAGAACAAGCUGUUCUCGCAUCAACCACUGACCACUGCUCGCCGAAAAAGACCUUCCCAACGGCUGCGCCAACAACAAGUAGGGACAUUUCUCACAACAAUCGAUAAAAAGGGGUCUCAUCCAUCUUUUUCCUUCGUUUGCGCACUCAUAGUUUAGCCAAAGGUUUGUGAAAGACACUAGAAAAGGUAUCCUUUUGGUUUGCAAGUACAACCAUGAUGAAUCUCCCUUGUACAUUCGACGACGUGCCAUGCUGGGAAUCAUGGCUCCGAGCAGAAAUCCCUCCUCUUUUGGAGGCCGGGAAAGAGUGGGCCACCCAUGGGCUUGAGGUUGCAGAGACCUGGGAUCCUCGAAUCGUUGCCUCUUGCAGUGUGGCGGUCAUCUCAGCAGGAUUCGCUCUCUUGGUUGUCUACUUCAACAUGGUCUUGAAGCGGCAACACCAGCGUCAAAGAGCCCUGUGGAAGAAGGAUAACAUGAGGAUUCUCGACAAGGUAACAGCCUUGACGAUGCAGUUAGAAGAAAGACAACAGGAAGUUGAUUUCAUGAAGCGCAGAGCAAGAGAACAGAAGCAGUCGGCUGCCCAAAGCAACGACAAGGACAAUGUGCUCAUGGAAGAGACGACCCAGAAGCUGUUGGACCGGGAAGAAGAGUGUCGCAGGCUGCAGGCUACGGUGGAUGCACUGCAAGUCAAGCAAAAAGCCGGUGCCACUUCUGUCCAGCAGCUUUCACAACAGCUGAAUUUCUUCAAAGAGCAACAUAACGAUCAUUUCUGCCAGUUGCUGGAGCAAAAGCUAGAGACCAGUCAGCUUCGCACCACACUGUCGCAGCAGGAAGGCAAAAACAAGGAACUCCUGAAAGCGAAUGAUCAGUUGGCCAGUCAGAUUGAGGAGCUGCAGGAGACCAUCAAGACAAACACCCAAAAGGCAGAGACGAUUAUUGGAAAGGUAAGCGCGGAACGUGAUGAACGGUUCUCUCUCCUGCAAGAAGAGAAUGAUGUGAUCAAGACAACCGUCAUGAACAUGUUGCAGCAGGCUCAAACCAAGUUUCAGGAUGACAAGGCACUUCUCAAGUGGAAGCUACAAAAGCAAGAAGCUGAAACACAGCAGCUGCGGGCAGAACUACGAAAAGCCAAUGCAGUGUUGGAACAGCUAGAGAAGCAGCAAAAAAGAAAGUCGAACAAAGGGGGCAAGGAGAAUACCGGCAAUGUUGGGAGCCUAAAGGGACUGCGAAACAUCUCCUUCCAAGCCAAAGCGGCAUGUGUGGCCUAGGGAAAUGUGACGCUGUUUGUAUCCUACAUGUAGCCUGUGUAUAGACCCGAAGUUUGUAGCCUAUUGUCUGUGUCGCAUCGCCUCCGUACAGGGUUCACUUGCGGAGAGACCUCGGCGUUGCUUGCUUCUGCUGCAUUCUAGUAUUGGGUGUGGUUUGCCAGGCUAGCUUCAUAUAUAAUAGUUUUCUGUAUUCUUUUACUAUGAUGUUUUCAAAUCC